GCGCGCGAGUGGCAUGGUACACGUACACACGCAUGCAGGAUACGUUUGUAUACGUACAACAUAAAUAUUUAUUGGCAAAGGCACACGCGGCGGGCUGAUCUCAGGUUCACAGGCAUGUGCCAUCUUCCACCGAUCGAAGACGUCUAUCCGAGUCGUCGGGGGAAACGAUCCCAAAGAUAGACGGCGUAUCCGUAGCAGAGAGCGACCAUCAGUCACAGGAGUUGGUCCCGGCUGCCGUGAGCGAAAAUAGCCCCAGUCAGCAUCAACUUGUGGAGGUGAUGACGGACGUGAGGAAUUUACACAUGGAUGGGGAUAACUGCGUCGCAUCGUCCGGGGAAAAGGAAGGAAAGGGAUUCCGGUUCAGCGAUGGGCCGUCCAUGGAAGAACUGAGAGCUAUUCAAGCCGACUUUGCCAAGCAGCGAGAUUGGGACCAGUUUCACCAACCAAGGAACCUCCUGCUUGCAAUGAUCGGAGAAGUUGGGGAAGUUUCAGAGAUUUUUCAGUGGCGAGGAGAGUGCAAGGCGGGCUUAGAGGAUUGGUCAGAGAAGGACAAGAAACACCUGGCUCAAGAGCUCAGCGACGUCCUGAUGUACCUAAUCCGACUGGCCGAGAAAUGCCAUGUGGACCUUCCCAGUGCUGCCAUGGAGAAGGUUGGCCUCAAUGCCAAGAAAUACCCCGCCCAGAAGGUGUACGGCUCCAGCAAGAAGUACACAGAGUAUGACUGACUAAGUCACUCAGAUGGAGUCUAGUUCCCGAUGGCACGUGAUGAGGAUAAGAGGGUCACAACCAGACAUCUGACUAUUUUGAAUGCAAGCCUCCAGUUUCUGACUAAGGCCGUGUCUGAAACGGGCUUCCAGAGCUACGGCUAGGUCUAUUGUCCACACAUUUCCAAUGGAGCGAAGACCUAGACCUAGCUCUAGACAAGAAAUUCGGAUGCAGCCAUACACUUGAACUAGUGUUGCAUGAAAAGAGCUGGUUGAUGAGACUACAGUAACAGUGAGACCCUUUCUGUGCACAUUUCAUGAUCUGGUGGCUCUACAUGAUUUCAAAUUGAUGUGUCGGCACAUGAAUUUCCCUGGUAAUGACCGUCCGAUGGCCUCUGGUGUAAGACUUGGGUGGAGAUUUGCAGAUGUAUUCCGGAGUGAAGAACAAAACAACAAUAGUUUAAGUUUAUUGAUGGCCAUUUCAUAAUGCAGCAAUACUGAAUUCCACGUGACUAGUGCUGCCUUUUAGGACUAAUUGGCUUUGUUGGGCUGCUGAGAUGGUUUAAAUGUCGCCCCCAGCCGAUCGUGCAAAUCACAGAUAGCACAACUCUCGCAACACCCUAGCAAUCAACUCCUGACCGCUGUUGGACCUUUGCUGCCGAUGCUGCACGAUCUCUACACACCCUCAAGCAGCUCACAGAAGGAAUUGACUCGGUCAGCUCUCUCAAACAAGAUGAUGAGCUAACCCAGGAAAAGGUCAACCACCACUGCUUUGGUGGGUCGGAAUGAGAUGCCCUUGUUGUGAUAAGAAACUGGUCGGCAAAGACAUGGGGGGGAAAUUAGCAAAGGGAAAUUUCUUGUAAAGGAGAAACAUCACUACGGUAAACGGCUUCUGGCCAUUUCCGGCUGCUUCACAGGCAAGCAGUCUUUCCAGAUUCAGAGUAGUCUGUGCUAAUUAUUAAAGUUCACUGCUGAGAACAUCACUAUAUAUCAGUAAGCUUCAGAAGUCAGUCAUGCAAUGCCGUCAAGGGAACAGAGAAAAAUUGAGCAUGACCAAAGUACCAAAUGGUUAGAAUGGGAUUCCGGAGUUUCUUGCAAGGUACAUUCAACGUAAAAUUGGUUCAUUCUAUUACAUGAAACUCAGGGGCAUUUGCAAACGGUCUGUUUUUUAAAGAAAUUAUUAUCACAUGCUUUCUGUCAGUCGUUAACUAUUUGUUGUGGUAGUGUUGGAAUUCUUUGUUGGGUUUUUGAUUACUAGAUUUAAAAGCAGGAUAAACGACAAACCAGAGAAAACACAUGUACUGUACAUGUAUGACAGGAAAAGAAAGUUAACUCUUAUAGACUUUGACCUUGGGCCCAGGGAUUUGUCAUAAAUUCACAAUUUUUGUGCAUUUGCAAAAGUCAGGGUUUAUGAAUACAAUCCAGUAUUCGAGGUAUAUCAUCAUGUAUCUAAAUCUGGUGGAGGCAAUUUGGUUGAUUUCAGGGGAAUUUUUGGAGUAGUGUACUUUCUGCAUUUCAUUUUGCAGUAAUAGUUUUGAACUGAUGUUAGAUACAUAUCACAUAGGAAUCAGUAAAUUUACUGUUCUUGGGGGGGAUGUGUGACAAGCAAUUUCAGUUCCAAGCAGAUGUUGCGAAUGAUCUUAUGUAUGCUUAUGACGCUGCAUGCCUAGUUGUUGUACAACACUAAUAAAAAUUGGAAAUGUU